AGGAGAAUAAACCCCUCCGCCUUUCUGCUCUGCGCAUGUGCCGUGUCUCCCACACGCAUGCUUAGAGAGUCAUUGCAUCUAUGGUAGAGACAUUGUGAAAGAACGCCCUCACAUCCUCUAUGGUUUCCUUGUGGGGAGAUAGGCAAUGUAUAGAGGGUGCAUGCGCAAACAAACGUAGAAGGAAACCGUCUCCUCAACUCACCGCAGAGAUUUCAGGUGUUGCCAUGGGCCGCCGUCCUGCUCGUUGUUACCGGUAUUGCAAGAAUAAGCCGUAUCCAAAGUCACGCUUCUGCCGAGGAGUCCCUGAUGCCAAGAUCCGCAUCUUUGACCUGGGUCGGAAGAAGGCAAAAGUGGAUGAAUUCCCGCUCUGUGGCCACAUGGUGUCUGAUGAAUAUGAGCAGCUCUCUUCUGAAGCCCUGGAGGCCGCCCGAAUUUGUGCCAACAAGUAUAUGGUGAAAAGUUGUGGCAAAGAUGGCUAUCACAUCCGAGUGCGGCUCCAUCCGUUCCAUGUUAUCCGCAUCAACAAGAUGUUGUCCUGUGCUGGGGCUGACAGGCUCCAGACAGGUAUGCGAGGUGCCUUUGGAAAGCCUCAGGGUACAGUGGCCAGAGUCCACAUCGGUCAAGUCAUCAUGUCCAUCCGCACCAAGCUUCAGAACAAGGAACAUGUGAUUGAAGCCUUACGCAGGGCCAAGUUCAAGUUCCCUGGGCGCCAGAAGAUUCACAUCUCCAAGAAAUGGGGCUUUACCAAGUUCAACACUGAUGAAUUUGAAGACAAAGUGGCUAAGAAGUGCCUCAUCCCAGAUGGUUGUGGAGUUAAAUACGUCCCCAGUCGUGGCCCUCUGGACAAGUGGCGAGUUCUGCAUUCGUGACAUCUUGGACAGCACUGCCAACUUGGCCAAGCUGGUCUGACUUUUGCUUAACAAUAAAUUUUAUUUACUGG